AGUCAAACGUGGUGGCUUUGGCAUUUGGCAAUCAUAAUUUCCGAAUUGAAGAUCACUUAUAAAUUUGAUAAGAAGUUGCGAUAAUGCAAUACUAACUUGUGACGCUGUUUAAGAGAGAAUUAUUUAUAAGUUAACUGUUUGUGAAUAAGAACAUAUUCCACAUUGUACAAAGAUGUUUAGAAAUAUUUUAAAAAGUUUGCCUAGGUACAUAGUGCUGAGUGCGCGAAAAAAUAACGGUCCAAUGACGACUUUUGGCAAUUAUAGGAAUUUGGUACCUUUAUCAACUACACGGCCCGCGUUGCAAGAAGAUAAGUUAAAAAUCACCUUCCUGCUGUACGACGGCCGCAAGCUCGAAGCCGAGGGCAAGGUGGGCGACACGCUUCUGGACGUAGUCGUGAACAACGACCUGGACAUCGACGGGUACGGCGCCUGCGAGGGCACCGUCACGUGCUCCACCUGCCACGUGGUGCUGGCUCCGGAGGACUACGAUAGACUGCCCGAAGAAGCUGGCGACGAGGAGAGAGACAUGUUGGACCUGGCCUAUGGUCUAACAGACACGUCUCGGCUCGGUUGUCAAGUGACCCUAACGAAAGAGCUCGACGGCCUCGUAGUGAAAGUGCCCGAAAGUGUCAACGACGCGCGCAGUUGAUAGAUGGCGCUGUAGUUAAUGAAACGAAUUCAACCUCUUUACCAGUUGAAAUUUUAUUUAGUUUAAUUUCGUCGUUUCUUGUUGAAUAUUUGCGAACCCUCAUUUUUGUGAUAGAAAACUGUUAAAAGUGAAUGUUUUUUUAUCGUUAAAUAUUUAUUGCGAGCAAUUUCGUCGUUUCGACAAUUGUGAAAAGAAUUUGUCAUUUGAAAAGUUCAAUGUGGUCUAAUAGUAUUUGUCGGUAGAUGGCGUUGAAUUUAAUUUUAAAAGAUUUAAAAGUUCGUAUAUUUUGUAAGCGAUAUAGUGAAUAAAAGCAUUGUUUUUUUUUUAAUAAAAGUUAAUUGUUACUGCCUAGAAGGUCAUAUAACAUAAUUGUUUGUCUAUAUUCAAUAUAAUAUACAAAUUUUCAACUUUCUCGAUACUUAAUUGUCCACAUUCAACUGAAGGUUAUUUUAUGUAAAAAUGCAAGUUACAAACUUAAAUUAUUUGCAUGAAAUUAAGUUCUUAAGUUUCCAACAAAUCGCCAAUUGAUUGACAUGCAAAUAUUCAAUAAUAUGUCAAUUAAUAUAAAUAAUACAAUUCAAAUUAAUUUAAAAUUACAAUGUUACAAUAUCGUUAUUUUAUUAAAGUAAUUCUUCAUAUAGACAGGCCUCACAUGACAUACAAGUUCUGACACCAUUUUAUGAAUAAUUUGCUUAUAAAUUAAACGACGUUAUCAGAGUUACAUUUUCUAAAAUCGUAAUAUUUUUUUUUUUAUCGUAAAAUCUUUUGGUUAGUACUCUUUUAUUCAAAAACAAGUCCUCAACUAAUUAUAUUAAGAUGAAGCGAUGAUGGGCAGCAAUUUUCUUUUAGAUAUAUGUAAAAUGUGUUUAUAUUUAUACAAUAGUUAUAUAGAUACGUAAUAUUUUGAGGUAUUUAAUAAAUUAUUUUUCAAGAAA